UGGUAAGAGAGGUGCAUAAAUGGUGUCACAUGCAGUAAAAGCCAGACUGUACACUGUGUUCUUACCUGUAGACAGAAACAUGUCGCUGCUUAGAGGAGAGUGUAACCGAGCUCUGAUAGUGUCUGUGGGACACUUUGAUUAUGGGGUGAACCUGGGCUGGAGGCCUGGAGUGAGCAAAGAUGAGAAAAAACUCCACCGGAUUCUCAGCAAACUGGGCUUCAAGGUGGACAUCCACACAGACCUAAGCUCUGAGGAGAUCUACCAACUCUUCAUGAAAGAGAGUCAGCGGCCUGUGAAGGACUGUUUUCUGGCUGUGCUGUCAUCUCAUGGCGAGGAGGGUUGUGUCUUUGGAGCAGAUGGAAAACCUGUCAGACUGUCUCACAUCUUCAGAUUCUUUGCCAACAAGUGCAUGGAGAAUACAGCUAAACUAUUCUUUAUUCAGGCUUGUCGUGGAAAUGGUCUUGAUGAUGGUGUUGAAGUAGACUCAAUAGACUCAGUGGACAGCACAGAAGGAAGUUUUUCACCUGAUCUAUCUGUGCCCAUAGACACAGCCGUCAUGUAUGCCACUGCACCAGGUUACGCUGCUUUUAUGCACCCACUAGGAUCGGUCUUUCUCCAAACACUUUGUAAACUGCUGGAAGAAGACGGCAACCGAAAUCUAGAGCUAUCCCGAUUAAUGACCCGCUUGUGCCACAGAGUUGCAUACACCUUCCAGGCCAAAGGUCGUGUCUAUGGUGGGAAAAAGGAAAUGCCCUGUCUGCUAUCUCGCAUGACCAGAGAAGUUUACCCCUUUGCAGAAGCUGGGAAAGACACUGGUGUUUUGGGACUGUCAGCAAGUGUAAUGAUUGGCACUGAAAAUGUCAGAAAAAGAGUGCCAUCAAUCAGUUAGCCAAAUGCCUCCCAUGACCUGUUACAUAUGCAAGAACGAACAACAAGGAAACAAGCAAAAAAUAAGUUAUUUGUACAUACUAUAUAAUGUACAGUAUGUCUAUAUGUAUUGCUUGUGCCA